ACUGAGGCAGUGUGUUUCGAGUCGGGCGCGCGCGCGGGCUAUGUGAUGGUGGAGGAGGUGCUGUGCGCGCGGAACGGGAGCGCGGAGAGAGCGGAGAGAGCGGGCAUGAUGCUGCUGGAACCCGCAGCUCCCACCGCCACCACAGUUGCUAUGGUGCAUGAGCUCUUUCCCACAGUAGAUGUCCCUGAUCAUGCACACUACACUAUUGGUGCUGUGAUCUUCGCCAUCGGCCUCACUGGCAUCGUCGGCAACUUUCUGGUCCUCUACGCUUUCACCAGGAGUCAUACUCUACGAACACCUGCCAACAUGUUUAUAAUAAACCUGGCCAUCACAGACUUCUUCAUGUGUGCCACCCAGACUCCAGUUUUCUUUAUAUCUAGUAUGCACAAGAGAUGGAUCUUUGGAGAAAAAGGUUGUGAGCUGUAUGCCUUCUGUGGGGCUUUGUUUGGGAUCUGCUCCAUGAUCACACUCAUGGUCAUUGCAGUAGAUCGCUACUUUGUGAUCACACAACCCCUGAACUCCAUCAACAUGCUGUCUAAGAAGAGGGCACUACUUGUCCUGACAUUUGCCUGGGUAUAUUCUCUGGGCUGGAGUUUGCCACCUUUUUUUGGCUGGAGUGCUUAUGUUCCUGAAGGUCUGAUGACUUCUUGUACAUGGGAUUACAUGACUUUUACUCCCUCAGUUCGGGCAUACACAAUGCUGCUCUACUUUGUCUUCUUCAUUCCUCUAAUAAUCAUCACUUACUGCUACGUCUUCAUCUUCCGUGCUGUUCGAAACAGCAGCCAAGAUGUUAGGAAGAUGAACAGGAACAAUACCAGAGACACAUUGAAGAGAUUCAACAAGAUGAAGAAAGAGUGGAAAAUGGCCAAGGUUGCUCUGAUUGUCAUCAUGUUGUUUGUUAUCUCUUGGUCUCCCUAUUCACUUGUGGCCCUUACAGCCUUUGCUGGGUAUGCAGAUAUGCUGACACCAUAUAUGAACUCAGUGCCUGCUGUGAUAGCCAAAGCUUCAGCAAUCCACAAUCCCAUUAUUUACGCCAUCACUCACCCCAAAUACAGAGUGGCUAUAGCGAAGUAUAUCCCAUUUCUGCGUGUGCUGCUGUGUGUUCCUCAGAGGGAGCUCCAGUCUUUCCACAGCAGUUUUAUGUCUACCAGAUACUCCAUUGUGACCAGCCGAGCUUCAGAUGUGUCUCGGAAUAUGUCCCAAAGCAGAACAGCCAAAUCCUCUGCCUCCGACAUAGAAUCUGAGGAAAAUGACCGCAUGGACAUUCCUGCGAUCCAAAUCCCCAGAAUUGUCCCAUAACCAAGUCUGGACUCUUACUGACCUCUGUGAAUUGACAUUGUGUUAUUGUGUUUUUUGCUGUGUUGAUAAAUUAGUGAUUAGUUUGUGAUUGUUUUUGAAAAAAGAAAGUAAUGUCAGGCUACUGGUACAGAAAAGAAGUAACAAAUAAUCCCCAGCCAAAGAUUAUUUAUUUUUUAUUUUGUUUUUAUUCCAGUGGAAUUCUAUUAAUUAUUAUUUCUGCUACUUGUGUAUAUUUAUGGGUAAGUUAACACGUAUGUAAAUGUAAAAAACAAGGAGUUUAAGUGGAUUUAUCAGUGUUCUGUAAAUGUGGUUGUUCUUAUUUAUUUAUUUCUAUUUUUUAAAUAAAGCUAUAACAUUCUUUGA